UGCGCUACGUCUGUUCAUCGGCUGCUUGGGCUUGUGACUAGAAUUGAGGCGUCGGAGCCUGUCACUCCCGCCCUGGCCUGGGCCUCUAGCGCCUGCAGGAGCGCCGGCUCUGAUCACCUGCGGUCUGGUUGUGUGCCUCAGUGGCUGCAGCUGCCCGAGGGUUUGUUCUGGGAGAGAGCUGAGAGCGCGGUGUCCUGGCGCGUGGAAGCCCCGCAGCUCUCGCGUCAUGGUGAAGAAGAAUAGUAUCCCCAACGGGUGGAGGACUGUGACGCCAAUUGGACAUCCUCUACCUGGAACGCGAUUUAUUGCUUUUAAAGUUCCUUUGAAGGGAGCAGUUAAUCAGAGACUUACUCCAACCCAGAAGUUUACACCAAAGGAUUUGAUUAGUGCAAUAAAAGCAUUAAAUGUGGAGCUUGGAUUAAUUAUCGAUCUAACAUACACCACAAGAUAUUAUGAAGUUAAGGAUUUACCUAAAAGUAUUCAUUAUAAAAAACUUUAUACUGUUGGACUUGAAGUCCCUGACAAUGCUACUAUUCUGCAGUUCAAAAAGUGGGUCAGAAAAUUCCUGUGGGAAAAUGCAGAAAAUGAUAAACUCAUUGGAGUUCAUUGUACCAAUGGAAUUAACAGAACAGGAUAUCUGAUAUGUAGGUACCUUAUCGAUGUUGAAGGCUGGGAUCCAGAUACAGCAAUUCAAGCUUUUGGUGAGGCCCGUGGUCAUCGAAUAGAUGGAUGUGUGUACUUAAAGGAUCUCAAAACUCGACCCAUGAGAAGUAAUCUUGGAAUGGAUGUCUGGGAUUCUGAUGAAGAUGUAAAUCCCCCUUCUAAUUCUUUGGAAGAACCUGGAGAUUGGUCCCCAAAUGAAGACUUUCAUGGGACUGGGAAAAGGUCAAGGCUUCUUAAUGACCAGCACCUUCGAAAUGAUGUACAGAUAAAGGAUUAUGAUUAUGUCAACAAUGGACCUGCCCAGAAGCAUGGGGAUUUUUAUAAACACCAGUGUAGUGACAGCAUGCCAGAAAAGAGACACCUGAGAAAUUGGGAUUUGGGUAACAAAGGACCAGGACCAAGAUGUUCAUUCUUUGCUAAUCACCAGUGUUAUGAUGUCUUCCAAGAGGAAACUGAUUUCAGUAACAAGAUACAUGGAACAAGACCAAGACCAUUUCAUGAUCACCAGCCUCACAGUGACUGGCAUGAAGCAGAUGCUGGAGAUGAUUUUGAUUUUGUUAGCAAAGUUGGUGGACAAAGGAGACAUUCCAUUCAGAGAUAUCAGGCCUAUAGUAACUGUUGGGAACCAUUUCCAUCAAAAGAUUUUGGUUUUAUUAACAGAAGCUGGGGACAAAAACGACGACCUUUCUAUAACCACCGUGAGUACCCACUUCAUGGUGAUUUUCAGGACCAGUUACUUGUACAAAGUUCUCAUUUUCUCAACAGAAGUGGUGGUUUUCAAAGGCAAAAACCUUCCCACCAGGACUAUUUUCAUGAUGAAAUGAAUUUGGAAGAUUUAGAAUAUACUGAUGAAGUAUCAGCGCACACACGAGGAUCUCUACAUGAUCAUUCCAACAAUGAUUUCUCAGAGAAAAUGUCAUUGAAAAAAUAUGUUAAUAGAGGUCAUGGACAAAGACUACCACCUUUUCCAAAGUUUCAGAAACAAAGGCAGUUAAGUAAUUUUGAUUUCAACAGUGGAACAGGACCAUGGCAAAUAUCUUCCUGUAAUCACCCACCUCAUGAUCCACAAGAACAGAUUCUAUUGGAAGACUUGGAUUUUGAACAGGAAACAUCCUUGCAAAGGCCACGAUCUUUUCAGGACUCCCCACUUCCUAAUAACAUAAAUCCUGAUUGGCAUUUAGAUAAGUGAGUCAUUUUAUUUUGCACAGUAAGGAACAGUACUUUUUACUCCAACAAAACACUCAGACUUCUUUCAAAUUAGGUAUUUGUAUAAAAGUGGUAUAAAUUGUCACCCAAAGCUAAAAUUCAGAUUUAUUCU